GUACGUGCAUAAGAAAGAGAGAGGCAGGCAGGGCAGCAUUGUUAUCUUAAGACACUCAUCUGGUGUCAGAGUCUGCAGGUGACACUGCCUAGGUGCGGAGCGCGUAGUCGGAGCGGGGACGCGCCUGGCUGCAUCCCUGAGAUGGAAACCCUGUGCCUCGGAAGCUGCUUCGGCUGCCUCCGCGGCGCCUCCGCUGAGCUCGGAGGGCCCCGCUAGGACUUGCCCAGGGAUGUGCACCUGCCAUGCAGGGCGAGCACAGGGGCAGGUCUGCAGGCUGCGGAGCGAGCAGUGAAGUCGGAGGACCUGUCUCUGCCCUGUGCACCACGGUGACUCCAGGAGAGGGAGAGGGCGGUGAGUCUCUUUAGAGUUGCAAGAAAGGCAAGAUCGUGGGUUCUCUUCGGUGGAGGGAAAGGGGACUCCCCCAGUAGGGCUUUGCACUUUCCUUCCCUCUCCCGCUGCGUGUGCCCCGGCCCAGCGCCGAGAACCCCUUGGAACAUGCUCUGCGUGCCAGGGACCCUUGCUGCCUGGCGGGAAGGCGGCAGGCAAGGGGUCUAACGGCGGCGGCGGCAGCAAAGCGGGAGCUAGAGAAUUUGAAAAGAGACAUCCGCUCCCUCUCACACGCUGAGGGGGAGGCAUUUGCGUUUCCCCAAAGGAGAAGGAGCCGCCAGAAAUCAUGAAGUAAAAACUUUGGAAAGCUGCCACCGAAGAUGUUGCACAAAAACCUGGGAUCUUUUAGGAGACUCCUCCCAGUCGGGGGAGGUUUGGGGAGCAGCUGAUACAGCAAGGAGGGCUCUUGCAAGGAUUCAAGUUCCAGGAGCCCUAGAGGAGCGGCGCAGAGGGGGAGACUGUGGCGAGAGAAUGAAGAAGCCAACUGCCCGGGAGAAGCAUGAGGUGGCAGUGCGGCACUCGGUUUAGAGGGCUUCGGCCGGCGGCGGCCCCAUGGGCAGCCCUGCUGGCGCUGGGCCUCCCCGGUUGGGUGUUGGCAGUCUCGGCCACGGCUGCGGGUGCGGCCCCCGAGCCCCAUGCCUCCUCGGCUGGCCAGCCGCCCCUGGACUGGCUGCUCACGGACCGGGGCCCGUUCCACCGCGCGCAGGAGUAUGCUGACUUCAUGGAGCGCUACCGCCAGGGGUUCACCACCAGGUACAGGAUCUACAGGGAGUUUGCCCGUUGGAAAGUGAACAACUUGGCUCUGGAAAGGAAGGACUUCUUCAGUUUGCCAUUGCCUCUUGCCCCGGAAUUUAUCCGGAACAUCCGCCUCCUUGGAAGGAGACCUAACCUGCAACAGGUUACAGAAAACCUGAUCAAAAAGUACGGCACUCAUUUCUUACUGUCUGCCACGCUUGGAGGAGAAGAGUCUCUGACCAUUUUUGUGGACAAGCGGAAACUGAGCCGAAAGACAGAGACAGCAGGAAAUGCCCCCGUAGUUGGGGGUGGUGGGAACAGCUCUGCUGUGUCUCUGGAGACCCUGCACCAACUGGCAGCCUCCUACUUCAUCGACAGAGAGAGCACGUUGCGGCGGCUGCACCAUAUCCAGAUAGCCACGGGGGCCAUCAAGGUCACAGAGACCAGGACUGGCCCUCUGGGCUGCAGCAAUUAUGACAAUCUGGACUCGGUCAGCUCUGUCCUGGUACAGAGUCCGGAGAACAAAGUGCAGUUACUUGGUCUGCAGGUGCUGCUGCCAGAGUACCUGCGUGAGCGCUUUGUGGCCGCCGCACUCAGCUACAUCACGUGCAGCUCUGAGGGUGAGCUCAUCUGCAAGGAGAAUGACUGUUGGUGCAAGUGCAGCCCCACCUUCCCAGAAUGCAACUGUCCUGAUGCGGACAUCCAGGCCAUGGAGGACAGCCUGCUGCAGAUCCAGGACUCCUGGGCAACUCACAACCGGCAGUUUGAAGAGUCAGAGGAAUUCCAGGCCCUGCUGAAGAGGCUACCGGAAGACAGGUUCCUGAACGCCACAGCCAUCUCCCAGUUCUGGGCCCUGGACGCCGGCCUGCAGCAUCGCUACCGGCAGCUGGCGGCCAGCUUGAAGGUGCUGUUCAAGAAGACCCGCCGCCUGGUCCGCAGGCUCUUCAGCCUGUGCCAGCGCUGCCACCGGCAGCCGCGCUUCCGCCUGCCCAAGGAGAGGUCCCUGUCCUACUGGUGGAACCGAAUCCAGUCCCUCCUCUACUGUGGAGAAAGCACCUUCCCUGGCACCUUCCUGGAACAGAGCCACAGCUGCACCUGCCCCUAUGACCACGCUUCCUGCCAGGGCCCCAUCCCUUGUGCCUUGGGUGAAGGGUCUGCAUGUGCCCACUGCGCUGCGGAAAACAGCACACGUUGUGGGAGCUGCAACCCGGGCUACGUGCUUGCCCAGGGGCUGUGCCGGCCGGAGGUGGCCGAGUCCCUGGAGAACUUUCUGGGGCUGGAGACAGACCUGCAGGACCUGGAGCUGAAGUACUUGCUGCAGAAGUGGGACAGCCGCAUCGAGGUACACGCCAUCUUCAUCAGCAAUGACAUGCGCCUGGGCAGCUGGUUUGACCCUUCCUGGAGGAAGCGCAUGCUGCUCACGCUGAAGAGCAACAAGUAUAAGCCUGGGUUGGUGCACGUGAUGCUGGCCUUGUCCCUGCAGAUCUGCCUCACCAAGAACAGCACCCUAGAGCCUGUCAUGGCCAUCUAUGUCAACCCCUUUGGGGGCAGCCACUCUGAGAGCUGGUUCAUGCCCGUGAACGAGGCUGACUUCCCCUACUGGGAAAGGACUAAUGUGGAUGCAGCUGCCCAGUGCCAAAACUGGACUAUCACUUUGGGCAACAGGUGGAAGACCUUCUUUGAGACAGUCCAUGUUUACCUACGGAGCCGAAUCAAGUCCCUGGAUGACAGCUCCAAUGAGACAAUCUACUAUGAGCCCCUGGAGAUGACGGAUCCCUCCAAGAACUUGGGCUACAUGAAAAUCAACACACUGCAGGUCUUUGGCUACAGCCUGCCCUUUGACCCAGAUGCUAUCCGGGACUUAAUUCUCCAAUUAGACUACCCGUACACUCAAGGUUCCCAGGACUCUGCCCUCUUGCAGCUCAUAGAGCUUAGGGACAGGGUAAACCAGCUUUCUCCACCUGGCAAAGUCCGGCUUGACCUCUUCUCCUGCUUGCUCCGCCAUCGGCUCAAGCUGGCCAACAAUGAGGUGGGCAGGAUCCAGGCCUCUCUGAGGGCUUUCAAUUCCAAGCUGCCAAACCCCGUGGAGUAUGAGACAGGCAAACUCUGUAGCUAAUGGGGGGUCUGCUCCAGUGCUGGACAGGGAGGGGAUCCAUGAAUCUGGGUGUGAAGAUCACUUGAGCCCUCACCUAGUGCCAACAGGGUGCUCCCUUUGAGACUUCUAGCACCCAGCCGACAGGACCUUGGGGCUUGGACUGAGCAGGUAGGAGAGAAAGACACAGCCGCUGCACACAUGCACACACCACACGUGUGAACUCACACACACACACACACAGACACACACUCACCCGGGAAAGCUACAACUCCACAGCCUUGAAUCUGUAAAGUCAGUUCUUCCUCAAAUGAAUGCAACUGAAGGAGAGGAACCAACCGAUGGAGAGACGAGGAAAAAGAGCCAGCCAAACCAUGAAACAACAGAUCCUUAAAAGCGAUUCUUACCAAUCAAGAAAGCAAGUGGGGACAACAAUGGGAGGGGUGCGAGCUCUUUCUCUCCCUCUGUGGAGUCACUUUUGUAUUCUUUUUAACCAGAUUUCUUAAAAUGCGUUGUUUCGUGAUAUUCUACACUGGGUCUUACUUUUUGUGUGCUGCCCCCCGUGGCCCGCAACCCACAACCCCCAACCCUCCCAGACACUGACUGCUCCUCAGGCAGGCUCCCUUGGGAAACUCAAAAAGUGAGCCCAACAGAGCCCCGCUCAGGGCAGGCGGGCACGCUCUGCCUCAUCACCCCGUCCUCCUGCCAGCCGCCACUUGCUUCCCCGUCCUCCCCGGUUUCAGGGCCCUGGCUCGCUCCACAUUCCCCUGGUCCAGCCAGAGCGCCUCUUCCAAGAGCACCUGAUCUGUCUAGAAAGCAGCUCUGUCAAAUCAGAGAGAGACAAUGUAUAGGGCAAUGUUCUUUUUAAAAAAACAAACAAACAAAAAUAUUUAUUUUGUGACUGUUUUCCUUGUCAAUCUGCUCCAACCACAUGAACAUGAGUAAAAAUUUACC